CGCACAGGAUAAAAAACCGGUCGGACAGGCUGUGAAGUAAUGUCACAGUCGUUUUAUUGCCAGCGGCAUUACAGCUGCUUUUUUUUUUUACUGUCAGUCAGCUUCUCUUUAAUCUAAGGCUUGCAGAUAUUACAGUAAACAAGUUUCAGCAGCUUCCUGUGAGAUUCGAAUACUCCGCCGAUGGACCCUCCUUCGUACGAGGAAGCCACAAUCCAGCCCCCUUCUUAUCAAGCCGCCUGCCCCUCGGAGGUUCCUCCCCCUUACGAAGCGACCACCGUCAUCCAGCAGCCCGAUCCUUUCCCUGUCUUGACUGUGCCCGCCUCGCCCACCCAAGUCAUCGUUCAUCAGCCGACACUUGUGAGCGAGAGGCGGGAUGUUGGCGUCAGACCACGGUUGGCGGUGUCUCAGCCACAGAGCGUGCAGGCUAUCCCUAUCUGGCAGCUGCGCGAUAAGCCCGGUCUUGUCCACUGUUCGAGGUGCAACCAGUCAGUCACCACCAGGGUCCAACGGUGUCCCAAUUCGCUGGCCGUCAUUCUAUGCGUGGUGAUCGCCAGCAGCUUGUUAAUUUGCGGAUUCUGUCUGAUUCCAUUCAUGAUACCGAGCAAUUGGGUUGUUCGCCACUACUGUCCACAAUGCGGCGCACUUCUCUUUUCACACGAUUGUCAAUAACAUGGCGUCGGAAGCCAUACGACCUCAUGAAGCUUGUGAGCUCACAAUAUUUGUAUUUGGACAAAUCUUUGGACUGACACAAAUGUGUUUUAUGGACCUUUUUGCUGUUAAAAAGGGAAAUGAUUAGAACAAGACAGGGAUGGGUACUGAAUCUGGUACUUUUUUUGGCACGGACCGAAACCUGCCGGUCCUACUGGGUAUCGAUUCACGAAAGCCAAAGUACGUUCGGGUAAAGUUUCCAAUUUCAAUGCCAACAAAGAAAUUGACUGAAAAGAACACUCCAAUGUCAAGUAAUGCAAGGAUGCACUUUUCCAAAAAUGCGCGAGCUUGAUUGGCUUUGCUUUUGACAUGUGACUUACAGCAUUAUCAAUUUUACUUUGCGAUUUCAAAUUUGUUAAUGAAAACUACGACUAAGAUGAACGUUCCAUCAAGCAGCUGGUGCGUUUUAAGUAAAAUACUUACGGUAUUAACAGUUUUUAGGCCACGACAAAAGACUGGACAGCAACGACUGAACAUUAAACGGGAACAUUAUCACAAUUUUAAAAGGGUUAAAAACAAUAAAACUCAGUUCCUAGUGGCUUGUUGUAUUUUUUGAAGUUUUUAUCAAAAUUUUACCGGUCCUGGAAUAUCCCUAAAAAAAGCUUAAAGUGCUUGAUUUUCGCUAUUUGCGAUGCGACUUUCCAUUUCCCUGUGACGUCAUACAGUGCUGCCAAUGGCGAAUACCACAGCAAGAUAUAGCGACAUUAGCACAGAUUCAGACUCAGAUUUCAGCACUUAAGCGAUUACACAGAUUACGCAUGUGUUGAAACGGAUGGUUGGAGUAUGAAAGCAUUGAAGAAGAAACUGAAGCUAUUGAGCGAAUAGCUAUUGACGCUAUUCAUAGCCAUAGCAUGGCCGAAUAGCUGCGUUGGCAUCGCCGGUAAAAUGUGCGGACCAAACGAUCAGGACUUUCGCAUCUCGUGACACUAGAGCUACUUAAAUCCUUUUAUUGGUAAGUGUUUUUUUCGCAUUAAAUGUGGGUGGAAGUAAACGUAAUAUAGUUGCAAAUGCAUCUGCAGGUUAUCCAUACAUCUCUGUGCCAUGUCUGCUUUAGCACCGCAGGUAAAUAGCAUGUUAGCAUCAAUUAGCGUAGCAUGUUAGCAUCGAUUAGCUGGCAGUCAACAUCAACAAAACUCACCUUUGUGAAUUCGUUGACUUUAUCGUUGCAAAUGCAUCUGCAGGUUAUCCAUACAUCUCUGUGCCAUGUCUGCUUUAGCACCGCCGGUAAAUAGCAUUUUAGCGUCGAUUAGCGUAGCAUGUUAGCAUCGAUUAGCUGGCAGUCACGCCGCGACCAAAUAUGUCUGAUUAGCACAUAAGUCAACAUCAACAAAACUCACCUUUGUGAUUUUGUUAAAUCUAUUGUUGCAAAUGCAUCUGCAGGUUAUCCAUACAUCUCUGUGCCAUGUCUGUCAUCGCCGGUAAAAUGUGGAGACACUUUGGUACAUUCAAUGGGGGUCUGGCGGCAGACACUUUCGCAUCUUCGGGCCAGUGGUGCAACUUGAAUCCCUCCCUGUUAGUGUUGUUACACCCUCCGACAACACACCGACGAGGCAUGAUGGCUCCAAAGUUCCAAAAAAUUGUCGAAAAAACGGAAAAUAACAGAGCUGAGACCCAAUGUUUGCAAUGUGUUGAAAAUGAAAAUGGCGGCUGUAUUACCUCGGAGACGUCACGUUCCGACGUCAUCGCAAAAAAAGCGAUAAACAGAAAGGCGUUUAAUUCGCCAAAAUUCACCCAUUUAGAGUUCGGAAAUCGGUAAAAAAAAUAUAUGGUCUUUUUUCUGCACCAUCAAGGUAUAAAUUGACGUUUACAUAGGUCUGGUGAUAAUGUUCCCUUUUAAUUAACACACUCGAAAGUAUCAAAAAUUGGUAUAGUUGGAUUCCCAGGUAUUGCGAAUUGUAACAAUAUCAGUUCAAAUGUGAACGGUUCUCAUCCCUAGAACAGGAUUAUUCAGUACAGACGAUGAUGAGUAUCUGAGGGUGUCAAAUUAAAAUAUUUAUAUAUAUGGCUUCACGGUGGCAGAGGGGUUAGUGCGUCUGCCUCACAAUACGAAGGUCCUGAGUAGUCAGGGUUCAAUCCUGGGCUGGGGAUCUUUCUGUGUUGAGUUUGCAUGUUCUCCCCGUGACUGCGUGGGUUCCCUCCGGAUACUCCGGCUUCCUCCCACCUCCAAAGACAUGCACCUGGGGAUAGGUUGAUUGGCAACACUAAAUGGUCCCUAGUGUGUGAAUGUGAGUGUGAAUGUUGUCUGUCUAUCUGUGUUGGCCCUGUGAUGAGGUGGCGACUUGUCCAGGGUGUACCCCGCCUUCCGCCCGAUUGUAGCUGAGAUAGGCGCCAGCGCCUCCGCGACCCCAAAGGGAAUAUCCAUCCCAUCCCCUCCAUCCAUUUUCUACCGCUUAUUCCCUUUCGGGGUCACGGGGGGCGCUGGCGCCUAUCUCAGCUACAAUCGGGCGGAAGGCGGGUUACACCCUGGACAAGUCGCCACCUCAUCGCAGGGCCAACACAGAUAGACAGACAACAUUCACACUCACAUUCACACACUAGGGCCAAUUUAGUGUUGCCAAUCCACCUAUCCCCAGGUGCAUGUCUUUGGAAGUGGGAGGAAGCCGGAGUACCCGGAGGGAACCCACGCAUAAGCAGUAGAAAAUGGAUGGAUGGAUGGAUAGGUAAAAGGUGAAAAAAUAAACGGAUGGAUGGAUGAAAUAAAUUCCGAAUGUUUAUCAUUGGUUCUUUUUCUUUGUACUUUGUAAACACUUUGAGUUUGAAGAGUUUCUUGAAGUGGAUCACAUUAGUGCAUUGUUUGGUUGCUUUGUUUAUCCCAGGGGUCUCAGACACGCGGCCCGCGAGACGUUAUUUUGCGGCCCCCACCUUAAUAUGACAUUUUAAUGUUAGUGUGGCUCGUGAGUUUUAUAUGAAUGGUGCUUGACAGCAUUGUGUGCGGAGCUGAAGGAAUCUACCAAUCACGGUGUGGUACAGGAUAUGGCUCUCGAGGGCCGAACACGGACGUCACUUGCGUGAUUCAAGCAGAGAAACGUUUUGUCCCUUUUCCACUCGACCAAAAUGGCUUUUUCAACGUUCUGGGUUGCCUACCCCUGCGUUAGUGGAAAAGCGGCAAAUGAGUGAAAGCGACAGAAACGUUGCCAUGGAGACGAGGGUUUUCUCACGUGCCUCGCUGCAGUCACACUGCGACACCUGUCCGUCAGUAAUAACAGUCCUCGAUAACCUGGACCGAUUCAAACCGUUAUUUUUUAUUUUUUUAAAUUGUUUAAUUUACGUUGCCUCACACAUUGUUGCUGACUGGAGAAAUCUAAUUAUUAUUAUUACUCAUGACUGAUUCAUUUACUUAAUUCUCAUUUUGUUCAUUCAUAUAUUGUGUUGAAAAUAAAAAUAAAGACAUUUAAAAAUA